AUGUGUAAUUGUGUGUUCUGCUUCUCCAUAUCUAUUGCAUGUAUUUAUGUUUUUCCUUUCAGAACCAAUCUUGAAUUAACUUGGUGGGACGCCCACCCAGUGACUGAUGCCGUCUCCAUCUCUCUCUCUCUCUUUCUCUCUCUCUCUCUGUGUCUGUCUGUAUCAAUAGCUGUUUAUAUCUAUCUAUCUAUCUAUCUAUCUAUCUAUCUAUCUAUCUAUCUAUCUAUCUAUCUAUCGUUAUUCAUAUUUAUUUAUCUGUUUAUAUUUAUUUAUGUUCUGUUCAUAUCUAUCUAUCUAUCUAUCUAUCUAUCUAUCUAUCUAUCUAUCUAUCUAUCUAUAAUAUCUAUCUGUUCAUAUUAUCUAUCUAUGUCUAUUCAUAUUAAUAUCUAUCUAUUCAUAUCUAUCUAUCUAUCUAUCUAUCUAUCUAUCUAUCUAUCUGUCGCUAUUAAUAUCUAUGUCUAUUCAUAUCUAUCUAUCUAUCUAUCUAUCUAUCUAUCUAUCUAUCUAUCUAUCUAUCGCUGUUUAUAUUUAUUUAUUUCAUAUCUAUAUAUCAAUCUAUAUCUGUUCCUAAUUCUUUCUAUAUCUAUCUAUCUAUCUAUCUAUCUAUCUAUCUAUCUAUCUAUCUAUCUAUCUAUCUAUCUCAAUCCUCUCUUUCCAGCCUUAUUGUAUUAUUUAGCAGGCUUCAUCAUUGUUUUUUUUUAA